AUGCCUAUAAUAUCUAAUUUCAAUUGGAGAGGAACCACCUCUUGGAAUCUUUUAAUCAUUCUAAUUACUGUGCUUAAGCUUGCUGACUCGAUAACUAUUCCAAAAGAUGAUGAUAUUAUUACCAUUAAUGUUACAAUGUCGAAUGUGACAACAGCAAAAGAAGAUCAAUAUGCAUAUGUUCAAUAUCUAUUACCUGAUGAAGAACUAACCAUUAUUGGUUAUUUGCCUUUGGUUGAUAUGAAUAUAGUUCAUCAUAUGAUUACAUAUGCUUGUUCAAUUCCAGCUUCGAAUAGAUCAUUUUGGUUUGACGGUUUGGCGUGUAUUGGGAAACAACUCAUCGUACAUGUAUGGGCUCUCAAUGGACAUCCAUUAAUAUUACCUAACGAUGUGGGCUUUGUUGUCGGUCGUAAUACACCAUAUAAGUUUAUUAUAGUUAAUCUUCAUUAUUUAUCAAUUGUUACGGAUGAUAAUUCUGGUAAUCAACUUCUUGUUAGUCGAAAGUCACGUCCGUAUCGCGCAGGUAUAAUGCUCAGUGGUACACACCAUUUUUAUCUACCACCUAAAACACAUAGACGAGUGAAUUCAUUGUAUCGAAUACGUGGUGAAAAUAUCACACAGAUCAUCAGAGGUAGUCCACAACGACCUCAAUCAUUUUAUGUACUUCCAUCACAAGUAUCGAUUGAUAAUGGUGAUUAUCUUGUCGGUGAAUGUGUGUACGAUAAUGAUGAUGAUCAUGCUGUCAAUGCUGGAGCAUCACAUGAUGACGAAAUGUGCAACAUAUACGCAAUGUAUUCGUAUAAAUUUGAACAAAUAUCGAAUGAUAGUACAGCACACACUCGACGUCGAACAACAGCGUGCUGGGGUAAUACGGCUGCUCAUAUGGCCCGGUUACUUUUUGAUGAUAAUGUCACCAUUACAACUGUACCGUAUGCUAUUCAGAAGAUAAGUCACAUUAAUAAGACACAUGCGGAACAUACAAUACAACUGUCGAUGACUACGAUCUUCACCGUAACCACUUCACCACUCAUUUCGAUCGACGACGAUGAUCCGCCGCAAAGUCAUAUCCUCUUUCAGAAAACGGUAAUUGGAUUGAAAGAUCAACGCACGAGCAUUGGCAUUCAUAUUUACCUGGAUUUGCUCUUGUUCCUUGGACAAACAUUGACAGUUUUUAAUUGGUAUGAAGUUUGCUUCUGUGAAUGA